GCAGGGGCAGUUUCCACAGCGCAUGAAACACGCAUGAGCAGCCGGACUUUUAUAUCAUCAGGCGUUUAAAAAUGCGCCGAUCAUGUCGUGAUGAAAUUAACUGUCCAAUCAGGGAGCAGCUUUGUCAUCUGAGAAUUGUAGUUCAGUAUAUCCCGAAGGGUCACUGGAGAACAACCUCGUGCAGAUGGACUUUAAACUACAGUCGAGUGCACUUCCGGUGAUAGUUGGAAGUCGCUGUACUCGUGCGGGCACCGUAAACUCUGGAAGGGUAUAAUUAUAACGUUCAGGUUGUGAUAGUAGUGUGGCGUCCCGUUAACGGACUGUCUACGUCCGUAGUCCACACAUGGCGGCUCCGGGACGGUCUGCGCCAGAACCUGCACAGUGGCCCCGGCUUGCAAAGCUCGCUGCGUCUGCAUGCGCCGCUACUGUUGCAGAACUGGUCACAUUCCCGCUCGAUCUUACGAAAACGAGGCUUCAAAUACAAGGGGAAGCUGGUGUUAGGGAGCACGUGAGGCGUGCAGCAUCCCAGCCAGCACACAGGGGGAUGCUCAGCACGGCCGUGGGGAUAGUCCGCGAAGAGGGGCCCCUGAAAUUAUGGCAAGGGGCAACACCAGCUAUCUACAGACAUAUAGUGUAUUCAGGAGGCAGGAUGCUGCUCUAUGAACAGCUCAGGGAAUCUGUUUUAGGAAGAUCCAAAGAUGGCGGCAGCUUUCCAGUUUGGAAGGCAGCAGUUGGUGGACUGGUGUCUGGGGCACUGGGGCAGUUCUUGGCCAGUCCUACUGAUCUGGUUAAAGUGCAGAUGCAGAUGGAAGGAAAAAGGAAACUGGAGGGCCAGCCGCCACGGGUGCGUGGGGUUCACCAUGCUUUCAUAAAGAUCGCUUCAGAGGGAGGUCUCCGUGCUCUCUGGGCUGGCUGGGCUCCUAAUGUCCAGAGAGCUGCUCUGGUCAACCUGGGAGACCUCACAACCUACGACAGUGUGAAGCAUUUUCUGUUGAGAAAUGCUACGUUACAGGAUAAUUGUCUUUGUCAUGGACUAGCCAGCACUUGUUCUGGGUUGGUCGCAGCUACAAUGGGAACGCCAGCCGACGUGGUUAAAACGCGAAUAAUGAACCAGCCCUGGGAUUCAAAUGGAAAAGGUCUCCUAUACAAGUCUUCUGUGGACUGCCUUGUACAGACUGUCAAGAUAGAGGGAUUUUUAUCACUCUACAAAGGCUUCCUACCAACGUGGUUACGAAUGGCUCCCUGGUCUAUGACCUUCUGGCUGAGUUUUGAACAGAUCAGACGAGCAUUGGGCAUCGACACAUUCUGAACAUCUGAAUCAGAGGAGAAUAAACUGCUGUCUGCUGUGGACAGAGUCUUUUAACUCCCUGUCUGUUAUUCUGAGUUUGAUUCUUCAUCCCUCCACCACCCUGUCAAGUUUUCAAUACCCCCUUUUUGAUUUUCAUUAAUCUCCGUGAAACAGGUCACGAACACUGGUUUUGUCCCUCGGGUAUUUCUGAAACAAGAUUAAAGAGAAAGUGACGUGUGCUGAGUGGGGGAGUCACAUAAUUUGCUGUUAUUAAACAAAACAUUUCAUUCAGGGCUUUAACCUGCUUUAUCUUGCUGUCAAAUGUACACAGGUCUACUUUAUCAGUAACAGAAGACCUGCAUCGUAAAAGCAGUGCGCCGAAUAACAAAGUUUUAGCCAAACUGGUCGCUAGGAGGCGCGCAACGUUGCUGAGCAGGAAGUGCGA